AUGUCUCUGUCCUCUCCUUAUCUGCAUCGUCGUGGCGGUCCUACUAUUGGUGGCAGCCAAACGACGUUCAUCAUUGUCGUGGCCGUCGCCGGCACCGUCGCGACCUUCUUCUCUCUGAUGCUAUGGCGCGCAAUACGCCAUCGUCGUGCCCGCCAAGAGUCUGCGCCCUUGCCGCCGCCUCAGGCUCUUGCUCAUCAUCGGGAACUGCAGCUCAGCCGGUUCGAGGAAGCCAAGUUCGCGGCAUCCUCUCCUGCGCUGCUCUAUCCGUCCGACUCUGCUCUCGCAUCCAGCAGCAGCGCGUCUCUCAUCCCUGCCGCCGCUUCAUACGGCCAGGGCAGCGGCGCGGCAACGACCGAGUCCGCCACCGACGAGCUCGCACCGCCGACACCCAACUUCCACGGCGGCUCAAGACCGCAAUCCUCCGGCUCAGACUCGUCCUUCUCGCACUCCCAAGGCCACUCGCCCGCAGACUCGCCCAGCCACCGCAACUCGCCCCUGCCCUCUCCAUCCGUCACAUCAAACUCGCACUCCCAAUCCACCCACGAUCUGCGCAAAGCCCACCGCGCCUCGCGCAUGUCGUACUCAUCAGCCUCGCCCUCCCGCAUGAGCGCGCGCUCCCGCUCUUCCGGCGCACCCCACGCGCGGCACUCCCAAGUCCAGAUUGUGCUUCCCGCCCCGCUCGCGCCGGGCUUACACGAUCAUAUGGUCAUAGGCGCUGAGGACGCGUGGGGGCGCCGAAUCAAUACGCCCGACGCAGUCAGCACGCCCGCCGCGCCGCUUAGCGAUCCGUGGACGGGCGUCGUCGCGGGCGUGCGGCCGACGUCGAGCAUAUCCUUUGCCGAACAACCUGGACCGGGCCUCGCGUCCAAGCGGAGCAGUAAACGACUAUCGUCGCGCACGCAGUCCAUGUCGCCGCUCAGCCGCACGCCGUCGCCUGUCACUCCUGGUCAACCGCCCGUCCCGCGUCUGCCGAUGGAGUACUCAGCACAGAAUGGAGGACCUCGUGUCAAUACGCCGCCCAGCUCGUAUGCACUGCCUACUGGCGCGCGCCCACCUGGCCCUGGCCCUCCUCGAUCGCAAAGUAUGGGUCCGCCGAGUGGUCCGCCGUCAAGAAACUCGAGUCGGGUGGAUCUGGCCGGACGCGCGGCAUAA